AUGGUUGCUGAAAGCGCUUCAUUAGCAGACAAGCAGACAACAAGCACCAACGUCCACAUGAUGCAAAGUUUCGCCAGAUCUUUCAAACUCAAGGAGCCGCCUGCCGCAACUGCCAGUGGCGUCAGGCCGCCAGAUCCUCGACGAAUAUCCGCGAGCUCGUCUGCGCAGGCAGCGGUUUCAUGGAGCACCCCAGGCGGUUUGACGCAGAAGAGGCAAGGAGCUGUGAAGAAGGCAGGAGCUGGUACCAUCUGGAGGUACGUUUUCUCCUGAUGCGUCCGUCUGCCUAUGAAUUAAGCCAUUGCAGCUCUUCGUGUGUGUGAUGUGUGUGUGUGUGUGUGUGAAUGGCAGGGUCCGCAGCACUGAGCUGAAAUCAAUUGGCUGA